CCUCGACUGAUAUUUUGCCUUCUCCCUCUCCUUUUCCUUUGCCCUCUUUAGGCGCCAUUGCUCGCAUCCUUUGGUCGCCUAUCACCAAACUGCGGCCUCCAUCUCGUCCCGUCUUUUUGGUCGCCGCCACCGUCGUAGUCCUUCUCUCAUCCGCCUCCAUCUCACCCCCUUGUCACCUGCAAUCCUUUGGUUGACACAAAUCCGGCCCCUCCGUAUCCAUCAGGGAAACGGAAACCCUCAUCAAAUCCACAUUAUUCAUCCCUCGUCAGACACUGUCCAGUGCUCUGCAAUCGAUCCUUCUCCUCCGCCGUCACCCAUUGCCAUCUCUCGCCAAUCCAAACCCCGAUCUCUUAGUAAAGGCUCUUUGAGCCUGUGGGCGCUGUCAGUUUACCGGCACUCCCGCGUCGCCGUGAUCGUCCGGUGCCCUGGAAGCGAAUUCGCAAUCAUCCCAAAAGCAUAUCUCACUAAUUUCCAAACUCGCUUCUUUCCCAGCAACUCCUCUUCUCACAUUACCACUCUCCCUCUUGCUCAAACCUGCGAAAGUGUCUCAGCAUUUCGAAAUCGACUGUACAAUACCCCCCCUGGCUCUAUAUCACACCUAAACACGCCUCGACCCAGUCUCCCGUCUCACAGCUAAAUGCGCAUUAGCGACGCUUAACUCACCAAACCCUUGCGCACCACCCCCGCGAUCGCAUUUUCUUCUGCCGGCAGUCCGCGAUACCCCCUAAACUGCGUUUUUUAACCUCCUCCCUUUUUCAGCACGUCCCUUCUAGAAACCGCAUCCUUCAGUUCCCGAGAGCCGCAAUCAUCUUCCCAUCCAUCUCCAACUCUCAAAACUUCCCACCUCCAACUCGUUUGUCCACCCUCCACCCUCGACCCCCUUUGACAGCCAGACAUUCCGAUCCGACAUCCCACCAGGUCACGUCAACAACUGUUUAUCGACUCGGCAACUCUUCGUGAGACAUCCCUCCUCUCCCGAAAUCCACCUGCGCCCAACUGUAGACUGCCAGCUUCGAGGGCAUCAACCACUACCAUAGCCAGUGCCCUCCCACCUCCCUCUGCCAUUUCUACCUCCUCCAAUGUGUGGACCGCUCCACCCUCGGUGCAAGAUAUUGAUGCCUUGCAUGACUUGAAAAUAGGACCUCCGUCACAGUCUACGCGCACCGCCUUUUACCCUUCGGCCUCUCGACGCCACGGAACACCGGUGCUUAAAGAAGCAUCAUGAGUACCCUUUUUCAACCCGCUCUCAGAAAUCCUUUCGGCUCUCCAAUCGAACCCUCACCGAGACCUAGAUCAAUGGCUAUCCUGCCUCAGAGCGCCACUAAUAGCCAUCCAUCGCCGAAGUCGACCCAGGAGGACUCGAUCAUGACCUCUCCCGCGCCCCCGAACAUGGGACCUCCAGGGCCAGGAGCAGGAGGGAGUCCCGAGGUGGAACAAGGGCUGGGCAGCAAUAUUUCGAAUGGGACUCGGGAGCAGGUUUCCCUGGGUACAAACAGCAGCACCGCAGUAGGGGCCGUGGGAGCUUCUCAGGGGCCCAAGGUGGUGCAAACAGCUUUCAUUCACAAGCUAUACAGUAUGCUGGAGGACAAGAGCAUUCAGCAUCUCAUCUCCUGGUCUAACACCAACGAGAGUUUUGUCAUGUCCCCUUCGAACGAAUUUUCAAAAGUCCUGGCCCAAUACUUUAAACACACAAACAUCUCCUCCUUUGUUCGACAGUUGAACAUGUACGGAUUCCACAAGGUCAGCGAUGUUUUCCAUACCGGAUCUCCAGAAUCUGCUCUGUGGGAGUUCAAGCAUGGAAACGGCAAUUUCAAGAAGGGUGAUCUGAUGGGUUUGCGGGAAAUCAAAAGGCGCGCAUCCCGACACACUCUGAUUCAUCGAGACUCAUUCUCGAAUGCCAAACCGGGCGUCUCUCAGCCAGGCACGCCCGCCGAGGUCAUGCCGGACACGGACCAGCGUCUUGCAGGCCUCGAACAAGCUUUCUACGAUGUCCAUACAAGAUUACAAAGGACGGAAGACAGCUACGCUCUGGUGAGCUCGAGGUGUCAAGCACUGACUGAGGGAUUAGUCCGAUGCCAUUCAUGGCUUAAUAAUCUCACAAGUGCCGUCCAGAACAUGUCCUCCCCUGAUUCAGCACUGUACGCGGAUAUCGCGAGCAUGCAAAAGGAGAUUGCGCGACAGCUGGAAUAUGUGCGGGCUUUAGAGGCUCCCCAAGAGUCCCUGCAAAAUGGCAGACAGUCAUUCUACCCCGGCAGUUCCACACUGGAACCGCCGCUUUCUCCACGGGGAUUCAAUUAUCCAGACAGCCGAAGAUCCUCCGUCCAGAUCGAGUCGCAGCAUGUAGGAUUACGUCCUCCUGUCCCGCCGAUACCACCUCAGUUUUCUUCUUCCUCGCCGCGUCGCUUUGGGUCGAUUAGCAUCCCGCAUGUCUCUCCCGGAUUCAGUCGUCCGGCCCUCCCGCCACAGCCGCCCGCCAGCGUGCAUCCGUUGGCCUCGGUGGUGACACCACCACCAUUGAACUUGGCGAGAAGGCACACGUCAGCUGAUAUUCGAGAACACGGCUGGCCGCCCGCUAAUGGGAACGGUUCUCCCUAUGCUUCUGGACAAUCGUCCGUGCAAUGGCAGCCAUCUUCACCACAGCAGCCACCUCAGGCUGCGGGAGAUCAACAAAUUCGUGAUCAGCUGGCUCAAUAUGAGAUUAAUGGUCCGAAGAGGACAGCUGCGCCUGGCCAGGCUAGCCAACCCACACCACCCCUGACCUCUAGCUCCGAGGCACCGCCUGCGGGCCUCGGGGUCGAGAACGUGCCAUGGCCACUGGGAGGCAGCAAAUUCCCGCGGCCAAAUUUCGAGUUGCAUUCCGCUCCAGCGACGCGGAGAGGAAGCAUGGCGACUUUACAUUCAUUGCUGAACCCCGCUGAGACAGCGGAGCAGGAAAACGAGGAUGAAGGACCUGGCCAAGGCCGAGAUGACGACCGGAAACGGAAACGACUGACAUGAUUGAGAAUUUUGCCAUUUUUUUACUGGACCGGGCCAACCUCUAUCGGAGCCUGAGCAAAAAUUCGUUUGGACAACUGGGUGAAAGGCGAUGUGUUCACAUAACGGUUAUCAUGUUGUAUAUACCGACAGGGAAAAUGGAUGAUAAUUUCCGGAGUCCAUAUUCGACCGUGAGUUCGGCAAGGCAUUUGGCUCUAGCGAGACGUUUGUGGUGUAUAUUUUCUGGCGGCCUUUUCAUCAGCACUGCACUCUCCGAAAGGUAGAGAUAUGGAGUUUGAAAUGAUAUUUGGAGCACAGACGACUGGGAAGGUGACAACCAGGGUUGGAUUAUUGAGCCAAAAUUACCAGAUGGCUGAUUUGGUCUGGUGCUGUGGAUCAGAUCGCGUGCAAACUUUGGACUGAGCUUUAGAGACUCUCCAGCGCCGGCUUUGCACCGUGGAUGUACCCCGAAUGUCUGCUCGCAUUUGCAGGGGAGGAUUGGUCGUCGGAGCAGACAUGAUAUAUAGAAGCUCGCAUCUGGGGCUUCACAAUCCUUAUAUGAUCUUUUGAAGUCUCAAGUC